AUGUGUGCCCAAGACAGGGUAUCAGUUGUUCGCGAGCCCAAAAGCGCGUUCACACCCGUCGAGUUGUCAAUUCAUUGUGUUGUAGUUGAGGCAGAGAAGAAGCACAAGAUCACCACCGAACUCCAAGACUUCUGUCGGUACCUUCAAAUCAGGCAGACACAGAUGCCGCAGCCAAACCUUGACAUCGCAACGCCUUUCAUGCGCCCACAACUUGUUGAUUGGCUGUUCAAAACGUGUGACUUUUUGAAGUUUCACAAGAAACUUGUCUUCCAAGCACUUACCUUGGCAGACUCCUACACUACACGAACUCCUGUCGAUGGCGACGAACUGGGGCUUGUUUUCUUGACUUCCCUUUUCAGCGCAGCAAAGUACGACGCCAUUGCCAUCAAGCUGAACGACGUUUUGAAACUCUGUAAUUACAAGUACAAUAACAAAGAAGUGAUUCAAAUGGAGAUGAAAAUUCUCACAUCUGUGUCCUACAAAAUGGAUAACCCUACUCCUUUCGACUUCCUUUGCUUAUUGUGGGAAGCUGUCGGGUACCCGACUUUUGUUUAUGGAAAACAGAACCAUCCAGUCGUCGAGGCAAGCGUGCUCUUCUUGGAAGUGAUGUCUUUGGAUCCAAUUUUCUUAACAAACACACCAUCUUCAAUGGCGGCAUCCGCCUUCUUCUUUGCACGUGAUUUAUGUCACUUUACGCAGCUCUGGGAAUCCCUUCAACAAAAGUGUCUGUUUCUGAGAAAGAGUGAUGUCAAAGAUGUUGCCCUUGACUUUGUCCCGAAGAUGAGGUUCUGUCUCGAGAACGCAGAAUCGAUGGGAUUUAAACCAUGCGCAGACUUUGCCCAUGUCAUCAAUGCCCAUAGGCUCGACCACAUGAACUGCGUUAAGCACAUCACGUCCAGGAGCAGUAAAGCCAUGUGCUUCUGGGAUACCAACGACCUUAGGAACUUCGACUAA